CCGCCGGCCUCCGUGGGCUGGGCCCCAGCCGGCCCCCACCGCGGCCAUCGCCGGCCACCCGCGUCUCCGCCGGCCGCCGAGCCCUUCGCAGGCGGCGCCAGCCGGAAGUCCCGCCUCCGCCGCGCGCUCCUGGGCGCCGAGACAGGCACGCCGGCCAAUGAGAAGCGCACCGUGGAGGACGCCGGCCAAUGGGCGCGCGCGCCGGGGGGGCGUGUCCGGGCCGCGGGCCGGAGCGGGUCGUGCGCGCUGAGGAGGAGCCGCCGCCGCCGUCGCCGUCGCCGCUGCCGCCGCCGCCGCUACCGAGGCCGAGCGGAGCCGUUAGCGCCGCGCCGCCGCCGCCCGCCCGCCCCGGAGCAGCCCCGGGCCCGCCCGCCCGAGUCCAGAUUUUUAAAAAAUACAAUGUCUAAUGGUUAUGAAGACCACAUGGCCGAAGACUGCAGGGAUGAUAUCGGGAGAACGAAUUUAAUUGUCAACUACCUCCCUCAGAACAUGACCCAGGAUGAGUUACGGAGUCUGUUCAGCAGCAUCGGUGAAGUCGAAUCUGCAAAACUCAUUCGGGAUAAAGUAGCAGGGCACAGCUUGGGCUAUGGCUUUGUGAACUACGUGACUGCCAAGGACGCGGAGAGAGCGAUCAACACGCUGAAUGGCCUGCGGCUCCAGUCAAAAACCAUUAAGGUGUCGUAUGCCCGCCCGAGCUCAGAGGUCAUCAAAGACGCCAACCUGUACAUCAGUGGCCUCCCAAGGACCAUGACCCAAAAGGAUGUGGAGGAUAUGUUCUCUCGGUUCGGGCGAAUCAUCAACUCCCGGGUCCUCGUGGAUCAGACCACAGGUUUGUCCAGAGGGGUUGCGUUUAUCCGGUUUGACAAACGUUCGGAAGCAGAAGAGGCAAUUACCAGUUUCAAUGGUCAUAAACCCCCAGGUUCCUCCGAGCCCAUUACAGUGAAGUUUGCAGCCAACCCCAACCAGAACAAAAACAUGGCGCUGCUCUCCCAGCUCUACCACUCGCCGGCCAGACGGUUCGGAGGCCCCGUUCACCACCAGGCGCAGAGAUUCAGGUUCUCCCCUAUGGGUGUAGAUCACAUGAGUGGGCUUUCUGGUGUCAAUGUCCCGAGCAACGCAUCUUCGGGCUGGUGCAUCUUCAUCUACAACCUCGGGCAGGACGCCGAUGAGGGGAUCCUCUGGCAGAUGUUUGGCCCCUUUGGGGCGGUCACCAAUGUGAAAGUGAUUCGCGACUUCAACACCAACAAGUGCAAAGGCUUUGGCUUUGUGACCAUGACAAACUAUGAAGAAGCCGCCAUGGCCAUAGCAAGUCUGAACGGCUACCGCCUGGGGGACAAAAUCUUACAGGUUUCCUUCAAAACCAACAAGUCCCACAAAUAACUCGCUCAUGCUUUUUUUUUGUACGGAAUAGAUAAUUAAGAGUGAAGAAGUUGAAACUUUUUUGUUAGUGUACAACUCAUUUUGCGCCAAUUUUCACAAGUGUUUGUCCUAGUCUAAAUGAGAAGUGAAGAGGUUUUUAUACUCGGGGAUGCAACCGACAUGUUCAAAUGUUUGAAAUCCCACAAUGUUAGACCAAUUUAAGUUUCUUAAGUUAUUUCCUUUAAAAUAUAUAUUAAACAGAAAUCUAAGUAGACUGCAUUGACUCACCAGUCCCUCGGGACGGUGGUGAACCUGAAGCAUGCUUUACCCUCUAAGACUGUCUAACACUCAUUUCAUUCGGUGUCUCCACAAACUGGAUUUAAAAAAAAAACAAAAACAAAAAAAAAAAACAGAAAAAGGAAAAAAAAAAAAACCAAAAAAAAAAAAAAAAGACCUGACCUUUUAGUUCUAGUUUCCAGACUAAAGAUGUUAGACAGAUGCUGAGUGUGUGCUUUCCUCAGCCGCUUCACCAUUUUUAAGCGAUUUCUGCUUUUGGUUGACGGGAAAUUGCUUUCCCGAGCAGGUGCCAUCGCCACCUCCUGCUCCCUCAGCCCCGGGCCCUGCAGGGGUGCCCGCCGGGGGGGUGGGGGGGGCCGCCGCUGGGGAAGGGGGGCCGCACGUUGGGCCCUCCACGGAAGGACUCGAACAGGUCUCCUAAAGCCCAGGCGCCAGUGGGAACGGACCAAAGAGUUUCCGGGAAACUCCAGUAUAUUCCCCAGUCAGACCUAGCUCCCGGCACGCCCGGGGAUGUGUUGCUACCCUGACAUCCCGCAUUUCUGUCCACACACGGCAUGCACGGUGCCCCGCACAUCGGACACCGGCGUUCCCCAUCGUUUCGCCAGUCCCCCAGAGCAUUUCACACGGCGCAGGUGCGGAAGACCGCUCCAUAUUUUACGACCCCAGAAACAUUUGAGCAUUGUAUUUCUCGCAUCCCUUCUCGUGAGCGCUAGACUUUGUUUUGUUUUGUUUUGUUUUCUAUUUUAGUCGGAUUUUGUUUUGAAACUUUGCUUUCGUAUGAACACUCAGCAGAAAAGUACUUACUUCUUGCCAGUUAUCUAUUAACAACAACGAGAGAAAUACCCCUUUGAUUUGUAGUUUUAAAGAUUAACCCUCCCAAGUUCUCUUCAUAACUGCCUUGACAUUUUGGGUUGUUCUGUUCUGUUAAUUUUCUUUUGCUUUUUUGUGUUUUUUGUUUGUUUUUACUUUUGCAUUUAAGACCAUUAAAUUUGAUUUUGUUUUGCUCGAA